AUGGCUUCAAGAAAAAUUUCUCCAUGGCUUUUAUUUAUGAUUAUUACACAAGUAAUCGGAGAAGAUACACGAUCAGUGGAAAUAUCUUUAAUACCUGAUUCUAAAUUUCAAUGUGCCAAUACAACGUGUUUACCAUUCAUUACCCUUGUUACAUCCAAUAUUAGGAAUUGUCAAGUGGCGUGUUUAACUCAAAGCCAAUGCAGAGCAGCCACUUUUCAUCGAUCAACUUCUAAUUGUGAAUUAUUUGCUGAUAUGUUGAGUCAAAAUGCAAAUAUGUUGGCUGAUGUUGAUGCUAUUAGUAUGAAUGUUAUUAGUGGAACCCGAUUUCCACCCGAACCAACCACGACAUCAACAUCAACAACAUCAUCUUCAACAUCAUCAACAACGUCAUCCUCAACAUCAUUAACAACGACAUCCACAACGACAUCGACGACAACAUCAACAACAUCAUUAACUACAACAACAACAACAUCAUCAACAACAUCAUUAACAACAACAUCCACAACGACAUCGACGACAACAUCAACAACUUCAACAUCCACUACAUCAUCAACAACAUCAUUAACUACAACAACAACAACGUCAUCAACUUCAACAACAACAACAUCAUCAACAACAACAGCAAUACCGAAAUGGACAAUCACAGGAAGCAUGAGCAUCGCACGAUCAUAUCAUACAACAUCGGCAUUAGCAAAUGGAUCAGUAUUAGUUGCCGGCGGAUCUAACGGUACUAUUCUCAAUAGUGUUGAAUUGUACAAUCCAUUAACAGGCAUUUGGACAACCACAGGAAGCAUGAAUGUUCCACGACAAUAUCACACAGCAACCACAUUAGCAAAUGGAUCAGUAUUAGUUGCUGGUGGAUCCAACGGUACUUAUCUCAAUAGUGUUGAAUUGUACAAUCCAUUAACAGGCACUUGGACAACCACAGGAAGCAUGAAUGCUGCACGACAAUAUCACACAACAACCACAUUAGCAAAUGGAUCAGUAUUAGUUGCUGGUGGAUACAACGGUGUUUAUCUGAAUAGUGCUGAAUUGUACAAUCCAUCAAUAGGUACUUGGACAACUACAGCAAAUAUGAGUGUUCCACGACAAGAUCACACAGCAUUCACAUUAGCAAAUGGAUUAGUAUUAGUUACAGGUGGAUACAACCUUGGUGUUUAUCUGAAUAGUGCUGCAUUGUACAAUCUAUCAACAGGCACUUGGACAACCACAGGAAGCAUGAGUAUUGCACGACGAUAUCACACAGCAUCCACAUUAGCAAAUGGAUCAGUAUUAGUUGCUGGCGGGCAGAACAGCAGUGGUGUUUAUCUGAAUAGUGCUGAACUGUACAAUCCAUCAACAGGUACCUGGACAAUUACAGGAAGCAUGAGUGUCGGACGAAUUCUUCAUGCAGCAUCUACAUUAGCAAAUGGAUCAGUCUUAGUUGCUGGUGGACAGUACAAUACUAAUCCUACUAAUAGUGCUGAAUUGUACAAUCCAUCGACAGGCACUUGGACAAGCACAGCAAACAUGAGUACCGCCCGAUAUGAUCACACAGCAUCCAUUUUAGCAAAUGGAAAAGUAUUAGUUACUGGUGGUAUGGGUAAUACUUAUCUCAGAAGUGCUGAGCUUUAUUAA